CACCUGAAAUUUUGUUCAAUCCUGAAUUAAUUGGACAAGAAUAUGCCGGAAUUCAUCAAGUUGUUGUUGAUUCAAUCAAUCGUGCUGAUCUAGAUUUAAGGAAAUCGCUUUUCGCCAACGUUGUCCUGUCUGGCGGUUCAACACUUUAUAAAGAUUUUGGUACAAGGUUGUUGAAUGAAGUGAGAAAAUUGGCAGUUAAAGAUAUUAAGAUUAAAAUAUAUGCACCCCCAGAAAGAAAAUAUAGCACAUGGUUUGGUGGUUCUAUAUUGGCUGCCUUGAGUACAUUUAAAAAGAUGUGGGUCUCUGCAGAAGAAUAUCAAGAAGAUCCAGAGAUUAUUCAUAAAAAAAGUUUCUAG